CGCCGGGGCCGAUUCCCGCCAGCCCGCCACCCUCCUUCCCCAGCUCUCCCUUGUCGCUCCCGGCGGACCCCCUCUCCCUGGACGGUGGCAGCAUCGAGCUGGAGUUCUACCUGGCUCCGGAGCCCUUCUCCGUGCCUGGCCUAUUAGGAGCUCCACCCUACUCGGGCCUGGGCGGGGUGGGGGACCCCUACGCGCCCCUCAUGGUGCUGAUGUGCCGGGUGUGCCUGGAAGACAAGCCCAUCAAGCCCCUGCCCUGCUGCAAGAAGGCGGUGUGUGAGGAGUGCCUCAAAAUCUACCUGAGCGCCCAGGUACAACUUGGCCAAGUAGAAAUCAAAUGCCCCAUCACAGAGUGUUUUGAAUUCCUGGAGGAAACUACUGUCGUCUACAACUUGACUCAUGAAGACUCCAUCAAGUAUAAGUACUUCUUGGAACUUGGCCGAAUUGACUCCAGCACCAAGCCGUGUCCUCAGUGCAAACACUUCACAACCUUUAAGAAAAAAGGACAUAUCCCUACUCCUUCCAGAUCAGAAAGCAGAUACAAAAUCCAGUGUCCCGCUUGCCAAUUCAUCUGGUGUUUUAAGUGCCAUGCUCCUUGGCAUGAAGGUGUUAACUGCAAGGAGUACAAAAAAGGAGACAAGUUACUGCGUCAUUGGGCCAGUGAAAUUGAGCAUGGGCAGAGAAAUGCCCAGAAGUGUCCAAAGUGCAAGAUCCAUAUCCAGAGAACGGAAGGAUGUGACCAUAUGACUUGUUCACAGUGUAACACUAAUUUUUGUUAUCGAUGUGGAGAGAGAUACCGCCAGCUCCGGUUUUUUGGAGACCACACAUCAAACCUCAGUAUAUUUGGAUGCAAAUAUCGCUACCUCCCAGAGAGACCUCAUUUAAGAAGAUUAGUUCGAGGGUCAGUUUGUGCUGGAAAGCUCUUCAUUGCGCCUCUCAUCCUGGUUUUGGGAUUGGCACUAGGGGCCAUAGCAGUUGUAAUCGGUUUAUUUGUAUUUCCUAUAUAUUGCCUUUGUAAAAAACAGAGAAAGCGAUCACGGACAGGUAUGCACUGGUGAUCCACAGAGGAUUUCCCAUGACAUCAGCCGGUACCAAGGGAGGCUGUGCAGGAUGGUAUACGUCUGUGAGUCGGAUCCUUCAGAACACCUAGAGGAACUUCUGCCAUCUUGUUUCCUGUGGUUCUCUGCAGGCCACAGUGCCUCUAGCUACGGUGCACUCCCAACAUGGUAUCCUGUCCUUCCCUAAACAAAUUGCUGCUUUUUAAAAAAUGGUCACUUUCGUUAAUUAUAGACAUUUAUAUAGCAACUCUGACCUUUGUGGUUCUUGGAAGAAGAUAUUUUGAGAACAGGGUAUCCUCAGAUGUGUUUUGAGGGCACCUCACAGGGGUAUUGUUUGGACUGUCUGAACCGUGUGCUUCCCUCCAGGCUGUGUCUGUGAGACUUGGUGUGCAUAGCUGAAGUCCUGUCUGUUCCAGCAAACAAAGCCACUUUGCAGAAGAUAAAUUACAGUUCACCAAAUGCACCUGUUUUCAUCUGUAGCCCAAGUCGUACCAUUCUCUUGUUCUUUGGAUACUGUAAUUGCUUAAAAAAACAAAACAAAACAAACAAACAAACAAACAAAAAACAGAAACAAAAACUCAGUACCCAGAAGGGAAUUGGUGGAAUUAAAUUAAUGAGAAGAACCAUGAGUAACUGGUGCGUAUGUGUAAGGAUGUGACUGUGUGUAUAUAAACACGUAUUAAAUCAGGCUCCAUAACCGUGUGCUUGUCCAUUUCCAUGUCUAUUUUCAUAGAACCAUUCAGCCAUGAGGGUCCCUUUCAUGGGCCUAACUUGGUAAUGAACUGAAUUAAAACCAGUGUCAACAAGAGGUCGUUUCUGUGGUAGCCCUGUCUGUUUCUUGCUCUUCCUAUGGUCACACAUACACACACAGAGAUUUGUGCAAUGUCACUGCAAGAUGUACCAAACUUUGUAAACUGACGAAAGUGAAAGAGUGGUUUUAGAAAGUCCCCAAAUUUCCAACGCUUGAUCUUUUAGGAUUCCUUGGAUUUGGGCAUACAUACUUUAUUCUGAUAAUAUAGUCCUCAUUGGAUAAUUUAAUUUAAAAAAAUUUUUUUUUGCUUGGAAGAAAACUGCUUAAACUUUAAUUCCUAUUCUACUCAUUAAAUAAUUACCACCUUAUAAUUCUAGAUAAUUCUGCUUUAGGUCUAAGUUUUUAAAAAAUUAUUUGAUGCUCUGCCCCUUCCCUAGUUCCUCUAGUUCCCCUCCCUUUUUUUUUUCAAAAUAAAUACUAGUUUUGAGGAAUUUUAUCUGUGUUUACCACUCAGAUUCAUGCGUUGUUGAUAUCUCCUAAUAGAGAGAUAACUUGAAAACAGAUUUUUAUGUACAUAGUUUCAUCUAAAAUGUAAACUGCUUUUGGAGAAGGAAACAAAUGAAAGUAUUUUCAGGAAAAUGAGAAGUCUUUGAGAAUAAGAAAAUGAAAUUAACUAAACAGCUCUAUUUCCUUGCUUUCACCAUAACCUUUAUCAAGACGAAGAAGAGAUAUUAAAAAGCCUGAGGUUUCCAGUCACCUCUAAAUUAUCCAAGUUAGAAUUUUAUCAUGUUACUCUACUUACUGUAAAUGUAACUGUGUUUGACUUGAAGUAGACUAUAUGGUAACAUGCACAUUUACAUAGCUAUUUCAUGGUGUUGGAUGCUAGAGUGUAAGAACUUUGAAUCCUUGUGUUUGACUGAAACAAUUCAUGUCCAUGAAUAACAGUCCAUGUAUAAGCUAGCAUGCUUGGGUUCCCUCUGAGCCACAGAGAAGAGCUGGACAACUUCCUGCUAAGUGGUGAGUUUCUAGCAAGAGCAGUGUGCGGUACUCGUGGCUCUGGAAUAGCCACUAGAUUAUGGUGUGAGGUAAGGAACAGUGACUUGGUUUCGAAGAUUUCAUCUUCCUGUGCCUUCAGCCAUCCAUCUGGCAAUUACUCACUGUCUGCUUUAGGUGUACUAGUUUUGGACCAAAAGAGUGAGAACUUCUAGCCCCAAUACAUGUUUCUAUCAUAAAGUGCUUAAGUUUUAGAAAUUCAUUGUUCCUGGACUCGGGCAUCAGUUUGGCCAUGUGUGAGUAGGAUGGAUCUGUCUGUGUAGGAUCUAUGCAUAUAUCUAUGUGUCAUAUGUAAACAUGUCAGGUUCAUACACACCACCUGGGUGAACAGAGAUGUUCAGUUCUAAGAUUGUCUAUAUUCUUGGGUUAUUGUGCCUGUUGUGUUUGGCCUACUCAGGGAUUUCUAUUCUAUUCUUUAAAGAACUUAUCUUUUACAGGUAUUUUUAUCUGAUUUGAAAAAAUUUCCAAUAUGUGAGUUACAAAGUGGUGUUUGUUAUCAAGAAAGAUUGCUCCAUCAGAGGGUAGCAGUGUGCACACUGUACUGCACAGGCAUCUCAUUUGUAAGUGCACAGAUUUGUAAAAGAAAUGUGUGCAUUUUUCUCUUUUUAAAGACUACACAAGUAUGUGUGUCCUUUCCAUGGUAGUAACUUAAAAGUGUUUGUGAAUAUUUUAGUAAGCCUCAAAAUCUUAAAAAAAAAAAAAGUUAAAAUGGGGAAAAAAUGUAUUUAUAUGUCAGUGCCAACUUUGAAGGUAGAGCAGUAGUGACCUUUAUGGUAAAUUCUAAAAAGUCCUUUACAUGAAGUAUACAUGUUGUGACUUUUUACCCACGACUUGUCCUUAUGUGUUACCUUAGUAAAUGUAUGUAUGUUCCUGAAGAAAAUCAAACCCAUAUAAAAUUAAAAUUAUAAGGUACAAACUCUAUUGCUUACCUACCCCUUGUUUUUCUAGGGGUGACUACCAAUGGUCUGAUACCUGUCCUUCCAAAAGCUUUCUUCAAGUGUACAAAUACGUGUGUGUCUGUAUGUGUGCAUGUAUGUACCUUUGUGUGUUAGUUUUCUACAAAUAGAAUAUCCUUUGCUGUGACUCUUUUUCAUGUUUUUAAAUAUUAGAAAAAUACCUUGCCAUAAGUUUUUACAUCCAUUUGAAAACGACUGCCUAACUGUAGAGCUGCGUUUUAAUUGACUUGGUCUUCUGUUGAAUGGGAAGUAAGAUAGUUUUCACUUAUCACAAACUAAGCGUUUUAUUCAUCCAUAUAUUUUGCCACCUACUAUGAUCAUUUCCAUGGGAUUUUGAAUUUUAUUUUUUACUAAGUAUUUGUAAUAAAGAUUCUUAAUGCAUAGUUGGGCAAUGAGAUCAUGGAAAUAAUAUAUUUGAGAUCCUAUUUGUGAAUAAACAGUGUAGAGAGUGUCUAAUUUUAAAGCAAAUUGUCUUUUGAAAGACUUAGUCCUUGAUAGGUUAGCCAAAUACCUUGCCAAAGUUUAAAAGAGAAAAUUGAUCUGUUUCCAAUGAAGCUAAAAUGUGAUCAGCUGUCUUCGACAGUGUGAAAGAAGAUGAGUUGGUUCUUAGAUCACUUGCUUUUAACUUCAGUACUCAUGCCAAAUGGAUGGUGUAUGUCACAUUUUCUAAAACAAUCACCAUGUCCGUGUGUGUCAUUUAUAGAAGGGAAAGGAAAGGGAUCAAACCCUAUGACACAAGCAACAUUCUCUUUACACAUUUAUGGUCUAGUAGUCAGCCACUUACGGUCUCCUACAAGAACAGACAGAAAAACA